UCAGCUGUCGGCUCGAUUAUUGAUCAAAGUUUUACACUAUUUUAAGCUUAAACAUGUACUCUGUUAGGUUAAAGUCAAUACAGCAAAACAAUUUCGAAGUGUGCCGCUUCUGUUUGCAUACAAAAGCGGAUGAACUGAGCAGUUUCUAUGAAAAAGUCGCCAACGAUGUAUUUGCUAUAAAUAAUACGAUUCGUAGUGUGUUGACAAUGCUUGGAAUUGAGGUUGGACCAAGUGACGCAUUCCCCAAGCUUGUCUGCAUCAAUUGUCGCGAUAUGUUGAUGUCGAUGCAUCACUUCCGGAACAAUGCCCAAAAGUCGAUGAAACUGCUGGAGCAAGCCAUGGCCAUGCAGCAACCGGUCGAUAUAAAAGCUGAAAAUGACUCGGACGAGUACGUGAUAGAUGACAGGGAACCCCUGGAUAAUGUACUGUACGAAGAAUUGAUAUCGGAAGUAGUAAUCGACGAACAGAUAUACGACAACGAAACGAAAGUCGAGGAGAAGGAGGAAAUUGAAGUCGCAACAACUAUGCUUUCGAUGAGCGAAAGCAGCACCGGUCCAAACGAUCCAGAACCAGAAGAAGAAUCCGAGGAAGCUUACCUGAAAAAUGGCUACAUCCCCAUUCAGGAGUGUAAAUUAGAAAUCAUCCCAAAGCAAAAGGCACUGAAGAAACGUAAGCCAGCAACGUAUCACAUUUGUCCGAUAUGUGGUGCUCAAACUACGGCUAUGGCAGUCCAUAUGCGAACCCACUCCAACGAUAGGCCGUACGCGUGCGACAUAUGUGACUUAAAAUUCUACACCAGUGGAAAACUGCGCUGCCACCGCGAUUCCGUGCACAUCGCAGAACGAAAGUUCUCGUGCGAAAUCUGUGGAAAGGCAUUCGUGCUGAAGAAGAACCUCAAAGCCCAUAUGAUGUCUCAUUCGGACAAAAGGGAGCACGUGUGUUCCUAUUGCUCGAAAAGUUUCCUCUUCAGAUGGUCACUGACGGCACAUGAACGGAUCCAUACCGGCGAGCGACCGUACUCUUGUGACUGGCCAGAAUGUGGAAAGAGGUUCGUUACGGUUUCAAACUUGAUUCAGCAUCAGAAAACCGUCAACCACUCGAAGGAAGUAGCGGUGGAGAUUUGCUCGCUUUGUUUAAAGGCUUUCCAGACUCAAGCAGCACUGAAAGCGCACCGGACCAAGACGCAUGGCACGGAUACACAUUAAACCAUUUGCAUUUUAACUAGGAAUCCUAGUUUUGAGCAGCGUGGAAUUUAACAUUUAUUUAAAUGUACAUGUAAACCUAAAAAUCCAAAUUUAGCUGUCUCGGUUCUUUAUGUCUCUGUGUAAUUUUGUUAAAAGUUGUGAACAUUUCCGUGUUUCCAAAAUGUGUCAACACUUAGAUUAUUUUACCGAAAUCUCAACAGCUGCGAUAAACAGUUCGGUAAUUAUUCACAGAUUUCCUGUAAUUUUUCACAGAUAUUCGGUGAAAAAUUACAGGAAAUUUGUGAAAAAUCACCGAACGUUCAGCUGUUGAGAUUUCGGUAAAAUUUCACAGAUUUCGGUGAAAUAAUCUUAGUGUGACGAGGCACCAUCACUGCAGAAAUUAGAAGCAGUUAUCCGAAGCAUACAUUCCACAGAGAUGCUCAAAGGUGACCCCAUACCA